AAAUAAUUCCCUCUGGCUCUGAGAUCCCGUGAAUAUUUCCUGCACUGCAGUGGAUCAAAAAGAAAAUUCGGAAUUUAUCGUUCUACAACCCCUUAACUAAAGGAAGCCGGAAGCGCGUGCGUUGUCACUCCUGGCUGACAUUGAAGUACCUAGUUAGCUACAAACAAGCCAAGAUAACAUAGCUUCUGCGACUAAAGCAGCAGCAACAACAACAGAUCACCACCAUGAUGACCGGCAGGCGUUUAGCUGAUGUGGGCUAUCGGAUGUUUUCGGCAUCGAUGAUGCUCUUGACGCUGUACGGAGGCUACCUGUGCGUCCUUCGGGGCCAUCGCUACCUGCAGCGACGGAAACAGCUGCAGCUGGCGGCUCAGAAUCAGUCGAUAGAUGCAGAAACAAUCAAGGACUGAUCUGCUUGUUUGAUCAGUUUCGGGACAAAUUUGUGUGAAUUCAGACUCGAUAUUAAGUCGAUCAUGUAACGUUACUGGGGCAUGUUACUUUAGAUGAGAUAAAAUGAAAUCUCGUCCCAGGGAACGUGUGCGUGUCCGAGGUAAUUGUUUCUUUGAACCUUUCAAUGGAUAACGAAUAUGGCUUCCUUUUAAUGCUAUAAAGAUUGUAAAAAUGGACUCUGCCAACAAAGUCGCUGGUUUAUGUUGUGCUAUAUGUUAAAUGUUAGGGCAAUUGAAACCAAUUUUCUCAGUUAAUUGUUUUUUUGCAAAUGUAUUUUUACAUAUGCAGUGCACACUAGUUAGCAUGUAUUUUGGCGACCACAAUUUCUCACUUCUUGCCUGGUAAUCAGAAGUCAGCUUUGUUACAGCAAGAAUGUCCUACUCCUCAUCUGCUACAGGAUAGUAGGAAUGGAUAACACUUUAAAACUAGAAUGGUCCAGGCGAUGUAGGUAAUUUAGUAACUGACUCGUCUGUACAGGUACCUUUUUGUUUGAAUCCCUCACCUACACAAUUUAUGCAUUUGGGUUUUGUGCCUCGCUCAUCUAAAACUACUUAACACAAUCUGAACUUGUUCAUUUCAUUAUUGCACCACGUUAAUAAAAAUGCCGAGGUAUCUACAUUA